GUAAUCAAAAGCGAUACAGAUUCUGAAAGGAGACACUUCAGGCUAUCUUUCCAUGUGCUUAUCUCAAAACCGAUAUGUUGAUCGAAAAUCACCAUUUCUGAGGAUGGGCCCUUAAUAUAAAGGAAAGUUACACACUCUCAGAAUACGUAGGAAUAGAUGAUUUUGAGAAAUAUGCGAGAUAAGGUCGAUGGUACUAAGAAAGAGAGAUGGAACAUAUGACAUUCGGGUUCAACCAACGCUCAUAGCUCUAAUCACUGCACAUUGUGUCGUCACUGCUUAUUCUCGGCAACACAUUCUUUGAGAGACUGACACAUAAUGAAUCGAUAUUUUAAUCGUAUAUGGGUAGGGAAUUACAAUAUCAAUCGAAAGUCAAAAUAAAUCAUUAUUAUUGAGCUAAAGGGUGCAUCAGCUGGAGAUAUUGAUAAAACUAAAUGUGUUCCUAAUAGAUAUGAUGACUUCAUUUUCCUGUAGAUCGAUUCUUUUAAAUAGAAUGAUUUCGAUUUUUCGCUAAAUAGCUGCAUUCAGUAUGAUGACCCUACUAAAAGCGUAUACUUGAAAUGAAAUACUUGUGUGAAAUACUUCAUCUUAUAUAUUUCAGACGAUUGUUCUAUUAAUCCAGAAAGUAGUCUUCAGUAUAUUGAAGAUGAUAUUCGUUCAUGUACAAUGCAGCGCAGGAGAAAAGAAGAUACACUCGGUUUAAUUUUCAAGUAUCAUAAACACGAAAAAUUUCAUUACCUACUUUUGUCAAGUGGCUACCAGGAGACGCUAGCAUAUAGAGCUGGAAUAAAACCGUAUGAUCGUGUUAUUGAGUUUAAUGAAGUUAACAUUGAACGUGAAAGCUCUGGAGAAUACGAGAAAAGAUAUGAUCAAAUUCUUCUGAAGCCAAUAACAUUAUUGGUUUGUAAUCCAAGCACAUAUGCGUAUUACAGACAGCAGCGUCGAUCUAUCAAUACCGAUCUGCCAACUGUAAAAUUUAUGCAACUAGCGAAUGCAGCAGAUAGAAUGGAUAAUGAGACGCCUUCGCGUUCGGCUUCAUUGUAUCCAUCACCAAAACUUCAACAAGAAACUGUGGUGAGAGAUCAUUGUGUUAUACGUUGGAAUAAUACUAAUGAAUUAGCAGUAUUUCCCAUCAGUGCAAUUAACAGAAAUUCAUCAAGUGAAAUCAUUUUAUAUGAAACAUAUGAAAUUAACUUGGGUUAUGCAACCAGAAAAGGAAAAAUUAUAUCAUUAGGUACAGAUAAAGAAUGUGAACUCUUUCGAUCUAAUAUGGAACCUUAUGCAGUUCAUUCUGAGCACGUAGACAGAGAUCGUCGUGAUUCAUCUGGUGACUCAAGAUCAACGAUGGUAUCUGCGGUGAUAAAUAAUACCAGAUCAUCUAGAUCAGAUGAAAAUCAAGAUGAUUCACCAAAGAAAGAAAGUAUGUUGUGCGUUAUGACGUACUCUUUGCUCGAGUAAUUGUUGUUGCGCGAAUGCUGUUUGUUGCACAGCAAAGAGUGGUACGUUCUUUUCCAGAAAAAAUGUGGGGUAUGUGGUGAUCGAAGACCAUGACAGACCGUUCUAGAGGGGCAGGAAUGGUCUAACUACAUUAAAACACAUUGUGCCAACUGCAUUUGCAAGUUUGGAGUCAUAACGCGAAAAUUUAGGUCUAGUGUUAUAAUCAAGAGAAAAAUUUUAAAGCCCUUCAUCGGAAGUAAGCAAGCGAUGGAUGCUUCUCUAGUCAACAGACAGUAGAUCCCAGUUACAAAUGUUUUUCCAAAACGAGCAGCCAGUAAAUAUCUAAUGUUAGUUGAUCAUUUUCAGUCCGGUCUCACGACCGAUAUCCCGUUCGGGAUAUAGAGUAUAUCCCGAACGGGAUAUCGCACAAAAUUUAUAUCCUCAUCGGGAUAUUUUUGCAAAACAUUUUGGAAAAAAUCAUUACCGCAAAAAUCAUGAUGUUAUUGCACAAAAGUGAAUAUAGCAUAAGAAAGCGGAUGAAAAACUGAAUCGGAAUCAAAGGUG